CCCGAGUGACCCGUCUCACCGGUAAACCAGAAAUGUGGUGCGGAUUUAGCCGGCUCAUUUGCCGAUUCCCAUACCGAAAUCCUAGUUCUCAAAAACAGCUGGUUCUUUCCUUCCCAAUUCGAAGCCCCCGCGUGCACGGAGAAAUCACGAAGGCGCUGCUGCAUCUGGAAACCCUAGAAUCGGAUGCGGCUAUCUGCACGCCUCUCUUCUUUCACAACUUACUAGAGACUUUUACUUAAUCUACCCCCUUCGUCCCUCUUCCAUUUUCCCGUCUCGCUGAGUUUUUUCUUUUUUUUUUUUGGUCAUCGGUGCUUUGUUUUGCUUUUUUUUCUUUUAUCGUUUUCUUUUCCAGGAAGAAAUUGAUGGAGUUCGGCUGUCCGGUGCCGAGGAUGUUUUUUUUCCGGAUUUAGCCCUUUUGCGUUCCGGUUUUUGUCCUCUAAUGACUUUUUUCUGUUCUGAAAUUAGGGUUUCUCGUUUGGCUCUUGUCUGAGCUCCGAUUCCCCAACUCUUCCCCCCCUGCUACGAUCGUUCUGAAAACUAUUGUUUGAUUUGGAAGACAAAAUUGGAGUUUGUUUUAUUAAUCUUAAGAAGAUGUUGUCCCAAUACCCUGUUCUUGAUAAUAAACCUAUUGACCAAUGGAGGGUUACUGAGCUUCGAGAUGAGCUUCGAAGAAGAAGUUUGGCUACUAAAGGUUUAAAAGAGGAGCUAGUUAAGCGAUUGGAUGAAGCCAUUCAAAAAGAAAGGCAAUCUGAAAAUGAAGCAGAGUUAGGUAAUGAUGUUGAGCGGAAUUCAGAUUUACAUAAUAAUACUGAUUUGGAAGAUGUAGAGCUGGAAGGAGCAGAUGAUACCCAGCCUAUGCUGGACGAGGAUAAUAAUACUGCUAAAGAUGCAUCCAUUUUAAACAUUAAUCAUGGUGAUAUUGAUGUGAACCAAGAGAUUAAAGGUCAAAAUAGUGAUGCAAUUGAACCUGUUUCCUCAUUUGGGGUAGAUGAAGGGAAUGCAGCUACUAGAGAUGAUAUGGAGGUCUGUGUAGCUGUCAAUCAUAAUGCAGCUACCUUUCAUUCUGGAAUGCAAGGCGAGGAUGCCAAGCUUGAGGAUUUGAAGCAACCCAUAGGUGGGACGUAUGAAGAGAAGGAAGCCACUACGGUUGAUUUGGACGGCAUUGCAAAAUUCAAUCCGAAUAUUACUGUCCAAUCUGACAUGAAAGAUGAGGAUGCUGAGCCUGAGGCAAAAUUUGGAGAGUCAAAACCUCUUGCAGUUGAGUCAGGUGAGGAAAAGGUGGCUACUACAGUUCUUCAGGGUAGUGCACAUGUCAGCCAGAAUGUUACUGCUCAAUCUAGCUCGAAAGGUGAGGAUGCCAUGCAUGUGGAUAAUUUUGAUGACUUAAUGCCACCCAUAGUUGAGAAAGACGAGAAGGCAGCUACUGCAGGUGAAUUGGAGGGCCAUGCACCAGUAAACCAGAAUAUUAUUUCUCAAUCUGGAAUGCUAGGUGAGGAUGCUGAACCCGAGGAGAAGUUUGAGGAUUUGAAGCUUCUCACAGUAGAUUCCACGUUCAUCCAGUCGGAACAAAGCAAUCAGGUAUCUGAGAUCAGCCAAGAUUUAGGAUUUCAAGUAAAAUAUGAAUCAAAUUCUACUGAAACUGUAACAAUUAAUGAAAAGAAUUAUAUAAAGGAUAACUUGUCUGCUUAUCAUUUCCCUCUAGAAGUACCAGUUGUUAAGCAGGAAGUGGUGCAAUCAUCAUCCAGCAGCUACCUCUCUGGUGUUGACGUUUCCUUGGCUAAUGAUGAGCAAAUGGAUGUUAAGAACGAAGUCUCUGAUAUCCAGCAUGUAGGUCAAAACCUUUUACCAGAUGAACGAGAGGCAAAUGGCGGAAAUGUAGCCAAUGAACAAUGUCUUGUUCAGAGCUAUGAGCAAGAAGUGGGCCCAAAGCAUGUUUCCUUGAAAUAUGCAGAUACACAAAAUGCUUCAACUGUUGUCCUUACCAAGAAGGAAGAUUGUCUUGAAGCAGGUUCUUCUGAAAAGUUGAAUCUUGAUAGGAGUUCCGGUGAUGAAUCAAUGGAGGAGGAUGUGUUGGAGAGUAAACAUAUGGAUCCUGAUAUCAAAUUUGAGGAACCAACUAGUACAAUUGAAGUAAAAGAGGAAAGAGCUGCAGUUGACGCAGCGACUGAAUUUUCUUCUGAAAUGAUGGAUCUAGCUGUAGAAGAUGUUAAGCCUGCAGCUCUUACUGACAAGAGAAAGCUGGAAGAACCUGAGGUUGUGACUAAUGGUGCUCCUAAGCGUCAACGUCGAUGGAAUCCAGACACCAUUAAAGUUCCUGAACAGCGGACACCUCACCUCGACAUAGUCAUGACGCCAAAGAAUAAUGCACUGCCAACACCACGGCACACAUUCAGUAGGUCUAACUCAACACUCAGUGUUGAUUCCCCAAAGGAGCGCAUUGUCCCAACCUCAAAGAAAUCUGCCACAACUUCCUUGAGAAUAGACAAUUUUCUUCGUCCUUUUACUCUGAAAGCCGUUCAGGAAUUGCUUGCACAAACUGGAAAAGUGUGUGAUUUCUGGAUGGAUCAUAUUAAGACUCACUGCUAUGUUACCUAUUCAUCGGCCGAAGAGGCCACAGAAACCAGAAAUGCAGUUUACAAUCUCCAGUGGCCCCCAAAUGGUGGACGUCUUCUUGCGGCGGAGUUUGUUGAUCCUCAAGAAGUGAAGUCACGAUUGGAGGUUCCUCCACUAUCUCCAGUACCAAUUAGCCCCACACCUGCAACACCAAAGGCCCCUCCUCCCCAUCAGAAAUCCCAAGCCCCUCAACCAACUCAUCAGCAAAGCCUCAGGCAGCAGCCGCUCCCUCCUCCACCUCCACUCAUUCACCCUCCGCUGCCCCCGCCUCCCAGCCUAUCUAACCCCCCGCCUGUUGCGAGAGAGCAGCGACUCCCUCCCCCUCCUCCGAAGAAACCUGAGCCACCUGUGGUUACCCUAGAUGAUCUUUUCAAGAAGACCAGAGCAACUCCUAGGAUCUAUUACCUACCUUUGACUGAAGAGCAGGUAAGCGCUAAGUUAGCCACACAGGGCAAGAGCAAGUACGCUCAGUAAUCUGGCUUUUUGUAGCAUGUUUGCUAUGUCCAUGUUAAGUUUGUUCAUUCGCUAGUGGAUAGACAUCACAACCGUCGGGGUUAGCCGUGGUCUAUAUAUUUGUGCUUCAUUUACCUAUCUUUUUUCUGAGCUUGGACAGUCCCUUUGUUUUUUAAUGUAACUUGGAUUUUAUGUUAAGAAUUUCAUUUCUGACUAUGAACGGACAUGGUUUUUUUCA